AUGGGAAUCUCAGUGGUCGACUUGAUCAAGGCCAAUUGCCUACCCCUCUCACAUCGUGUUAAGAUAAUCCUUGAUUCUCAGGCUGUGUUUUCCAGGUAUUCGCAUUCAUGCAAGAUGAUUCUGGAUUCUCAGUCAUCGGUACGGAGAGAAAAUCUCCUUGAAGAGUUCAUACUGAUCGGGAAAUUGAUUCACGAUCGUUAUCGUUACAUUUCAUUCGAUACUGAGUUUCCAGGCUGUGUAUUUCGACCUCCAACAAUCCCCAAUCGCCAUUACAAAAUUCACCCCAUUGAUCAGUACCGACUGAUCAAACAGAAUGUGGAUAUUCUCAAUCUCAUCCAAUUGGGUCUCACCCUCACCGAUUCCGACGGUAACUUUCCGGAUCUCGGCGGCGAAACAUCUGUGGUUUGGCAAUUUAAUUUCUGUGAUUUCGACAUAAACCGCCAUAGGUGCGCACACGAUUCUAUAGAUUUGUUGAAGAAACAGGGGAUAGAUUUCGAGAGAAACCUCUCCCACGGAAUCAACUCGGCUCAUUUUGCUAAUCUGAUGUAUCACUAUAGGCUCGUGUUCAACAGCGAUAUUACAUGGAUUACCUUCCACAGUGCCUAUGAUUUUGGGUAUUUGGUAAAGAUUCUUACUGGUUGUUUCCUUCCUCACUUUUUGCCUUAUUUUCUAUACCUGGUGAGAUACUUCUUUGGUCAAAAUGUGUAUGACAUGAAGUACAUGAUGGGUUUCUUUCCUGGUCUGUAUGGGGGUUUGGAAAGUCUAGCUGGUACAUUGCAGAUCGUAAGGGAAGUUGGGUUGAGCCAUCAAGCUGGUUCGGAUAGUUUGCUCACAUGGAGGACUUUUCAGAAGAUGAGAUUGAUUUGUUUUGACUCUGAUGAAAAGGAGUUGAGGAAGUAUGGUGGUGUUUUGUAUGGCUUAAAAAUUUGAUGUAAUUCACUCUAGUUUUUAUGAAUAUGAAUAUAUAUACAGAUAAGAUAGUAUCUUUUGUAAAGUAAUCUAGUUAAGACCCCUUCAAGAAAUUUUGAAUUCUGAUUGU